AUGCAAAUCGGAGACAAAACAAAUCUUGGAUAUUAUGGUUUCGUGCUGGUCAUUUUGAAAUACCUUGUUGCGUUGCUAGCAAUGAGCCAGCCAAACAGCUCUUGGUGUAGGGAGUCCCUCUGGGGAAGCUUGGAAUUAUUGAGGGUGUUCAUCUUUCGUAGGAGUAUUGGUGGGUGGUGCGUUUCCGACGUAGUCAGCUCUGACAGCCUUGGAAGGCUCAGGCUCUUAGAAACAGAGGCUCCACUGAUACCGGCCCCGCCCCCGCCGUUUUUUUUGCUGCAGGAGUAUGUCCUACUGGGACAGCAGAGGAUGGCUGAGAUGCACUUUACAGCGAAACCCCGAAUACCACCACCAAACUUUGGUCUGUAUCAACAAGCACACGCACGACUUUUCAAUUGCAUGGGCAUCCUUGCCUGCCGAACCACGCUGAAGGGUCCUGCGUUUCGACCAACGACCCAGACCAAUUGA